AAACAAACAUGAAUCGGGAAAGCAUUUACUACCUUCCGGCGGAAAGCUCCGAAAGUACGUUUUGCUACGACGAAGACCGUCCUCCGUUGCCGUUGCCGAAGCUGGAUCAUACGCUUAAGCGGUAUUUGGAAUCGCUGAAACCAUUCGGCACCGUGGAAGAGCUGGAAAAUACGAAAAAAAUCAUCGAGACCUUUCGCAAGGGCGUUGGUGCGAAGCUGCAAGCGAUACUGGAAGAGAAGGCAGCGAAGGAAAAAAAUUGGGUCGACAAAUGGUGGGAAGACUAUGCCUACUGCACCCUGCGCAUGGCACUGAUUCCUUACUGUGUGAUGGUACAACCAUUGCUGCUCGAUGCCGUCGGUCUGGAGGCGAUUCCGGACAACUUUCUCAAAGGUCCUGCCACCUGUUUGCAUCACAAUAUGGUGUUCUGGAAGUUGCUGCGUACCGAACGGUUGCGACCAAUUGCGAGCGCCGACAAGAAGAACGUUUUUUCGGCCGACUUGUAUCGGCGUCUGUACAACACCGUCCGAACGCCUGGUAUCGAGAUGGAUAAAGUUGAAAGCUAUUUCCGGACGGAAAAGGAAGGUCCCUGUCCGUCGCAUAUUGUCGUGCUGUACGGAGGUCGGAUCUUUAAAAUUCCGGGCCUCGAUGCUGAGGGAGAUCCCUUGAGCCCGCAGGAUUUCCUGUUCACUUUGCAGCAGAUUCAAGUGAAGGUGGAAGGCAGCAGUGUUAAGCAUGCGGGUGUGCCGGCACUAACGAAUGACGAUCGAACGUCGUGGGCCCGCAAUCGGCAACAUUUGAUAGAACUUUCGGCACGCAACAAGAGCAUGGUGCGGGAAAUUGAGGAAGCGGUCGCACUGAUGAUACUCGAUACACACUGUCCAAAGAAUUAUUCGGAUCUGGCACAGUUAGCCUUAACCGGGGAUAUACACUCGAAAUGGACGGACAAGAGUUGCGGUACGAUCGCGUUUAAGAACGGCCAGAUGGGAUGCUACGGUGAACAUUGCUGCUAUGAUGGUUCGAUUUCGAUGUCCAUCAGCCUGUACGUUAUGAUGAGCAUUGCGGAGGAAGGUGUUCCGGAUUGGGAUAUUCCCCCGAAGCAUUUAAUUCUUCCGGAGGAAUUGGUUUUUGAUUUAGAUGACACGCUGCGUGGCGAAAUCGCUCGAAUGGAAACGGUUAUUGACGAAAUGCAAAACUGUGUAGUUGUUUCGAUGGAUCAGUUCCAGGACUACGGAAAAGCGUUUAUGAAAAAGCAUAAAAUUCAUCCAGAUGCGUACGUACAAACGGCCCUGCUGUUGACGUACUACCGACUACAUGGAACCUUUGCCCCUACGUACGAAACGGCCAUGAUGCGCCAAUUCUACAAAGGACGCACGGAAACGUGUCGUUCGUGCAGUAUUGAGGCGGUCCGAUUUAUGGAGGCGAUGGAAACUGCCAGCACAACCGACGCCGAUCGAGCGAAACUGUUUAAGGUGGCCGCAAACAGACAGAUGGAGCUGAUGAACGAAGCUCGCAAGGGUAAUGGAAUCGAUCGGCAUUUGUUUGGGCUGUGGUGUGCCGCCUACGACAAUGGUAUACCGAUUCCGGAGCUGUAUGAUGACCCACUGUACAGCAAGAGUGGUGGGGGUGGCAACUUCAUCCUUUCCACCAGCACGCUCGGGUACACGAUCAACUGUGGUUACGUUGCACCGAUGUGUAUGGAUGGUUACGGUUGCUUCUACACGAUGCUGGAGGAUUGUAUUUGGGCAAUUUUUUCGGCGUACCGGGACAGCAGUGUUACCAGCUGCCAUAAGUUUCAGCAGACAUUCCACCAGGUGAUGGUAGAUUUGAAAAAUCUGCUAGGACGGUCUGAUCUACCGAACAAGCUUUAG